AGAUCUGGGAGUGACGCGGCAGCGCGAUCCAGUUGAUCCCGCUCGCUCUGCGACAAAAAAUUAUCCGUGCCAGCCAAAUAAAGUUGCUCAUACUAGAUGACUGUUGUAUAACGUUACUCAUCCCGGAAUGUGAACAAAGGAAAUGUGAACUCGCUAUAUUUGAUGAUUUAAACAUCUGUUACUCUCGUGAUUUGGGAUAAGUUCAGUGUUAGCGAUAAGAGAAGCCGAACAUGGAUUGGGGCACUGAGCUUUGGGACCAGUACGACAUAAUUGACAAACACACACAAUCUGGCCUGGACUUGGUGGAGAAAUAUGUGAAGUUUGUGAAGGAACGGACAGAGAUUGAACAAAACUAUGCAAAGCAACUUCGAAAUUUAACCAAGAAAUACAGCCCUAAGCGAGGCAGCAAAGAAGAGCAGGAAUGCAGGUUUUCUAAUCACCAGGCUUUUCUGGACAUCAUGAAUGAGCUGAAUGACUAUGCAGGUCAGAGGGAGCUGAUCGCUGAGAACAUGAUGAUGAACAUCUGCAUCGAGCUCACCAAGUACCUGCAGGAACUCAAACAGGAACGUAAAAUGCAUCUGACAGAAGCCAAGAAAGCACAGCAGUCUCUGGAGAGCACCUACAAGCAACUGGACAAUAGUAAAAAGCGUUUUGAAAGGGAAUGGAGAGAAGCCGAGAAAGCUGCACAAUAUGCGGAGAAAACCGAUCAAGAUCUCAACGCCACCAAAGCCGAUGUGGAAAAGGCUAAACAGCAGGCGCACAUGCGCACGCACAUAGCCGAGGAGUGCAAAAACGACUACGCUGCACAGCUGCAGAAGUACAAUAAGGAACAGAACAACUUUUACUUCACCGACAUUCCCGUUAUUUUCAAUAGGCUACAGGACAUGGAUGAGCGCCGUAUUAAAAAGCUGUCGCAAGGCUACAUCCUGUUUGCAGACACUGAGCGGCAUGUAAUGCCCAUCAUCGGGAAGUGUCUGGAGGGAAUGACCAGAGCCGGAACAAACGUCAACGAGAGGAACGACUCAGUGGUUCUCAUAGAGCAACAUAAGUCGGGCUUUGAGAGACCAGGAGAUCUGGAGUUUGAAGACUAUAGUCAGGGCAUCAACCGAGCUUCCUCUGAUAGCAGUCUUGGCACUCCUAAAGGUCCUCUGGAGCUCCUGGGCAAGAACAAGAACAAAACCUUCAGAUUGUUUAAUAAGAAGAGCAAGCUUCCCUCAUCUGCGCUCAGUCCUUACUCCACACCCCCCACACCCUCGCCCGCUAACGGACCCCCCUCCCCAAAGUUUGGCCGGGAUCCCCUGUCGUACUGUUUGAAGGAAAUCAAUAAGACAGUCAAACCUCGAAUCUCUUCCUUCCGGACCCUCAAGAAAACGUCCGUUGACAGCGAGAGCUUCACCCAUCUCCCUCCCGAGCAACGCAGGAAACGCUUGCAGCAGAAGAUCGACAACAUCAGCAAAGAGCUGCAGAAGGAAAUAGAUCAGAGUGAGGCUCUGGGCAAGAUGAAAGACGUGUAUGAAAAAAACCCUCAGAUGGGAGACCCUGCCAGUUUGGCCCCUCAGAUCACUCAGACGGCACAAAACAUGGACAGACUGAGAGGAGAACUCAACAAAUAUGAGGGCUGGCUCACAGAAGCAGGAGGCCGUGGAGACUCGAUACGAUACUCGACUCAUUCUCUGAAUAACAACGGCGCUCACAACCUCAACAGUCCUGGAGUUCUCUUAGAUGAGACUGACAACUCCCAAGCCAUCUAUACUGAAUUUGACGACGACUUUGAGGAAGAAGAUCUGGCUGCACCUAUUGGUCAAUGCACAGCUCUCUACAAUUUCCCAGGCUCCAGUGAGGGAACCAUAUCUAUGCAGGAAGGGGAGGUGCUGUCUGUAGUGGAGGAGGAUAAAGGCGACGGAUGGACACGGGUGCGCCGGAACAACGGGGACGAGGGCUACAUCCCGACUUCUUAUGCUACCAUCAAACUUAAUAAAUGACCUCAUCUUUCAAUCUUUAUUGCAGCAGAGGAGCACUAUACCAAACACUUAGCUUUAGAUUAUACAUCCCAGUGUGGCUUGCCGGCGCUCCUCUUGGAAAGAGAGUUUGAGGAAAUAUUGCGCUAAAAGACUCCUACCCUAAAAAUAAGUGUAUUUCUCAGGGUGUGUAUUGUGUCAGUACAUGAGCUAGAGAAGGUUGGAAUAAUUUUUUCCUCAUUAUUUGACCUACAUGGAAAACAAUGCAGCAGGGUGCCAAAUACAUAAGCAACUGUUGCUCAACAGAGAGAUCUGAUCUUCUGGUCUCUGAUGCGGACUUUGAUAGCAGCCUAUCAGAGGAGCCGAGAUGGUUUUCCUGGGCACGUCCUUCACAAAGAUCCUUCAUCUGGAGCCGUGGGCACAUGGAUAUGAUUAGUGAAUUAUGUUAUUUGAACAUAUAAUUCCAGCUCCAUACUUGAGCAAAAAGCCCCGUGCCAUCUCUGCUGGCAGACAUUCAGAAAACCCUCGCCUCCCCCACGUGAAGCAACAUUUUAACUUGAAGUAUUUGCUCUGAUGAUUCCAGUGGCCAAACUUUGUUUUACAGUCUUGCAUAUGCUUUCCUAUGUGUGCGGUAACACUGAUCUAUAUGCCACAUCUGUGAGAUGAUAGGACGAAAUGUGUAUAGAGAAUAGUGAACAAUUGCAUUUAAGGAAUAAUUAGUUGUCAUUUUUUUCCUUAUAAGACUGUUAAGCAAAUACACAAGAUAAACACACUUUGCAAUAUAAAGUUUAGACAAUCAAAGCCUUUCUACACGGAUAAAGUCACAGUUCUCAACUCUAAAACUAUAUAGAAUGUUUUUGAAUAUAAUUUAUUGAGUAUAUAAAUAAGUUUGUAUAUUAAACGUCACAUUUUAAGAGAUAACUGCACACAUUUGCAAUUUCUGAUAGGUCAGCAAAAUAUAAAAGCAACACAACAUUCAGGCUACAAAAAAAACUAGGUUUUCGUAUAUAUACAGUAUAAAAUAAUAUAUUUUUAGCCGUCACAACGCCACUAUUGUCUUAUUAUCCUUUUAUUCUUGAUGAAUAAAGAUUUGUAUAGUUAUAACAGAA